UGAAGAUACUACUAUAACUAUAUUUGAUCAAUCGCUGAGUUGAACCGGAAUUUGGAUUCAAUUUUUUUUUUUUUUUGGAGUUAUAGAGUAAGCGAAAUCAAGCGAAACUUUGAAAAAUUAAUUAAUUAAGGUCAUUAUAUUGAAAUUCAGGCUUAAGAUUCUUAAAAAUGUCCGACUCUGAAGAAUCAGUUCCAGCUCAGACUGUGAAAAGGGUUUUACCGAAGUUCAUGGAUGCAGAAAGUAAAACAGAGGAGGCUAAAAAGGCAUUUGAAGAAUUAUCAGAAUGCACAUACAGUAACAAACAUAUUGGAGAUUCCGGACAAAAUGAACAUAUGACUUGUGAUUGUAUAGAAUCGUGGGAUUCUGUUUUGCAACAGAAUAUGGCAUGUGGUGAAGAAAGUGAUUGUAUAAAUAGAGUGACAUCUGUUGAAUGUAUUAAUAAGUUUUGCACUUGUGGGAAGAAUUGUCAAAAUCAAAGAUUUCAAAAAAAGCAAUAUGCUCCUAUAACAGUAUUUCAAACCGAGAAAAAAGGUUAUGGGGUUAGGUCAGAUGAAUCAAUUAGUGAGUCUAGCUUCAUAUAUGAAUAUAUUGGUGAAGUUAUUGAUGAAAAAAUAUUCAGACAAAGAAUGAUUGAUUACGAUCGAAAAAAUUUUAAACAUUUUUAUUUUAUGAUGUUGACAAAAGAUGCAUUUAUUGAUGCUACUGUAAAAGGGUCAUUGGCUCGAUUUGUUAAUCAUUCGUGUAAUCCAAAUGCAUACGUUGAUAAGUGGGUAGUUGGUGAUAAAUUGAGAAUGGGUAUUUUUGCUAAAAGACAUAUAGAACAAGGUGAAGAAAUUACAUUUGAUUAUAAUGUUGAUAGAUAUGGGGCUCAAUCUCAGCCAUGUUAUUGCGGAGAGCCAAACUGUAUCAAGUGGAUGGGUGGUAAAACUCAAACUGAUGCUGCUUUAUUAUUACCAGAUGGUAUUUCUGAAGCUUUAGGUGUUACUCAUAAACAAGAAAAACAAUGGUUAAAAGAAAACAAGCAUAGAAGAAAUAUCCAACAAUCUGAUGAUUCGGUAAUAAAUGAAGAUUUUGUUAAAUCAAUUGAACCAACUCCAUUACAAGAAGGUGAUGUAUCCAAAUUAAUGGGUGCAUUAUUAAAAGCCCAAGAUAUUAAUAUUAUAAUGAAAUUAAUUGAUAGAAUUUACUUAACAAAUGACUCCAAGAUAAAUUCCAUUAUAGUCAGAUUCCAUGGGUAUAAAACAUUAUCAAAAUUAUUAUCAACUUUCAAAGAUAAAGAUGAUCAAUUAAAAGAUGAUUUAAUCGAAAGAAUUUUACAAGUUUUAACAAAAUGGCCAAAAGUCACAAGAAAUAAAAUAGAGUCAUCACAAAUUGAAGAUGUUGUUAAAAGCAUUAGUAAUAACAGUGAGAAUUCCAGUGUUCUUUCAUUAUCAAAAGAUUUAUUAGAAGAAUGGGGGAAAUUACAAAUGGCUUAUAGAAUUCCUAAAAAUAUCAAUGAUGGUAAGAAUGUAUCAAAUUCCCCCUCUCUUUAUGCAAGAAGUACAAGGUCUAAUGAAUCACCAUCUCGUAAAGAAAUUGAAAAUGAGGAGCCAUUACCCGAUGGUUGGGAUGAAGCCAUCGAUCCAGUUACAAAUAUCAAAUAUUAUUAUCAUAGACAAUUAAUGAUAUCCAAAUGGGAAAGACCAACUUCAGCGGUUCCAAAGGGACCUAAAGGACCGAAUUUGACAAAAUUACCCAAGGGACCCAAACCUAAAACCAAACCACCAAUAAAUCCAAGAACUAGAAGACCUAUAUCAAGAAACAAUGGUAGUUUUAACGGAGGUAAUACCCCAAUGGACGAUGAAAGUGAAUUUUCAAGGAGAGAAGAAGAAAGAUUAAAAAAAUUAAAAGAAAGCCAAUUUUUAGAGAUUAGAGAAAAGGAGAAACAAUUACAAGAUUUCAUUUUACAAUCACAAAGAGAAGUUGAGGAGAAACAGAGAUUACAAGAUAAGUUAAAGAAUGAAGAGCGUGAAAGAAGACACAAAUUACAUCAGCAUAGUCAUAAUUCCAAGGGCAAAUCUCCUGAUAAAGUUAUUAGUGUUGAAUCUCAAUGGCAUAAAGUUUUCGCAAAAUAUAUUCCCAAUUUGAUUAAAAAACAUGAAAAGGAAAUUGGUCGUGAUAACAUAAAGGGCUGUGCUAAAGAAUUGGUCAAUAUAUUAACCAAUAAAGAGUUGAAACGUGAUGCUAAAGCCAAACCCCCAAUUGAAUUUGAAGGAGCCAAAUUGAAAAAAUUAAAAGAUUUCUGCAAUGAAUUUAUGGAUAAAUUUUUAAAGAAAUACCGUACCAAAAAGGAAAAUAAGAAAAGAUCAAAUGAUGAACCAAAUGGUGACUCAACUAAGAAAAUCAAACAAUAA